GAAGGAAGCAACUGGGUUUGUGAUCAUUUCGAAAAGUAGUACCAAUUUCUCUACAUCUAAUGUUCAAGAGAAGAUAAAAAUAUGGAUGUUUUUGUAAAAUUCCUUAAUUUUAGAACACUGAGAAGACCAAAUCAAUCCCUGAUGUGGGCUACAUAUGGCCCGAAGGCAUCCAGUGUUCUCACUCCCAUCUAAGUCAUGGGAAACUGGAAUUCUGAUUGUCUUCCAUUGGACAUACAUGGAAUGCCAGUACAGUUUGAGUAAGAAACUAAUUAUCUUAAUAGAAUCUUCAAAAUGGAAUCAGAGCCAACUUUGGAUAGAUUUAAAUUUUCUUCUUCAAGUGUGAAAAAUGCUCCAGUUUUCUAGGUUAAGCCACAUAUAUUUUAGUCCAAAAAGGAGGUGGGGGUAUAGGAAGUUGGAAUCCUGUUUCAUUUGGGAUACUGUCUUUUUAUUGAUUGGUCCAAAAUUGAAUACCCAAUUUCCUCUUUCGCAUUUAUAUCUCAGUUUGAGAUUUCCUUUCCUGAUUUAAGCCUUUGUGGCCAGUUUUUAUCUGAUCAUUUGUCUGUCUGAUAUCCUUGAUAUGUUUUUGUAACAUUUUUAACAGAAAAUGUAAGUGCUGUUUGUGGAAAGCGAGUUGGUCGGCUGUGAAGGGUCUCUUGUGAUUUCUCAGGUUGUGUUCACGUUCAACUGAUGCUGGCUUCUAGAGCAGAAGUCUGGGAACUAACAAUGAAUGUUAGACCACUGAACAUAGGUUUCUUUCCUUUCCAAGUCUGUCUACAGGGGCAGAGAGAAAAGAUGAAUGAGAAUGGAAAAUACAUGCAUGUAGCUGAGCAGGAGGUUAAUUAUAUUAAUUUCAGACUCAACCCAGCCUGAAGACAAUAUAAUAAUCUUAUAAAAAAUGGAAUGCCAGCAAGGAGCCAAACUUCUAUUACCUUUUUCCUUUUAAGAGCACAAUAUGUUAUAGCAAUCAGGAACUCAUAAAUUGCCCUUACAAGCAGUUCAGAAAAAAUUACUGUGUAAAGCCUACUUAGAGUUGGAAACUGUGGAGAGAUUCUUUUCCCCCAUUGCACCUGAGGUGUUUUUUCCAUGUGUUGAGUUUUGAUUCAGUUGUUCAGUAGAGAACAUGGGAAUUCUGCUUUGUUUCUCAAACAUGUGAUGGAUGUGGAGGGGUCAAGCUGAAACCGAGUUACUUUGAAUACUGAGGAGCCAAAUAUAAAUAGUACUCUGAAGUAUGAUUCCCUGAAUAUAUAUGUGAAUACAGAGAACCAUCCCAUUUUCCUCUCCUUUGGACUGGGAUCCCUGGUAAGAAUGAAGUAGGGGAUGAAGAUGGGAAUUAAUGGAGGGAGAGAUGAAAUAUUCCAGUGCCUUCUAACACAGACCUCUUCCUUACCUCACCAGAGAAGCUUUCGUUCCUUUCCUUCAUCAAUAAAUACUGAGAAUCACCAAGUAAAAGACCAGUGAUUCAAAGUGUUGACACCUUGAAGCAAGGGAAUGUUUUUCAAAUAAUUUAUAGCAGCUAUGAAAGUAAUUUAAAAAGUUAAUCUGCCCUUAAAGUAUUCCGCUUUGUCAAUUGUGCAUGAUAUCCUCAGUAUUUACUGUUACUUUGUGCUACAAACAUAAACAAUCAUUUCAAUGACCCUUUUUUAUUAAAAUAUGUGAACACUUAUAUUUCAUUAUUUCAGAGAACCACAUGAAUCCCACAAGUCCGUGGAAAUUUUAGAGUGAAUUUUACUGCCUCGUCACCUGUGUCUAGACAAAUUUAUUAGGCACUUGCUGAUGGACUUUAUAAGUAGCUGACGUUACUCAAAAUGUGCAAAGAAGAAUAAUGGAAGCCCCUGAAUACCUUGAUUUGGAUGAAAUUGACUUCAGUGAUGACAUCUCUUAUUCAGUCACAUCACUCAAGACCAUCCCGGAACUGUGCCGAAGAUGUGAUUCCCAAAAUGAAGACAGAUCAGUGUCUAGCUCUGGCUGGAAUUGUGGUGUCUCAACUCUUAUUACAAACACGCAGAAGCCCACAGGAAUCGCCGAUGUGUAUAGUAAGUUCCGCCCAGUGAAAAGAGUGUCCCCCUUGAAACACCAGCCAGAGACUCUGGAGAACAAUGAAAGUGAUGAUCAGAAGAACCAAAAGGCAGAGUACCAGAAAGGGGGUGAUCCUGACCCAGGCCCCCAGCCCGAGGAGCUCGGCCCCAGAGCUGGCGAGGGCAGCCCCCAGAGGAAGAGCACGGAGCCCAGCGCCCUGCUGGGGGAGCUGGAACAUUAUGACCUCGACAUGGAUGAGAUUCUCGACGUGCCUUACAUCAAAUCCAGUCAGCAGCUGGCCUCUUUCACCAAGGCGACUUCGGAAAAAAGGAUUUUGGGUUUAUGCACAAGCAUUAACGGCCUUUCCGGCAAAGCCUGCCCUACAGGAAGUGCCGAGAGCUCCCCGUCUAACAUGACGCCGUUUUGUGUUCUUUCUCCUGUGAAAAGCCCUCACUUGAGAAAAGCGUCCUCUGUUGUCCAGGACCAACAGAAGCUCUCCCCUGAGGAAUCGGAGAGUUCUCCUCCUCUCGUUAAAUGUGGCUCUGCUUAUGAGCCUGAAGACCAGGGUAAGGACUUCCUACACAAGACCUUCAGUGAUCCUCACAGUCGGAAAGUUGACAAGGCUAUGGCACCAGAUUGCCAGCUCAGGGCCUUCCAUCUGCAGCCCUCGGCAACGGACCCCAAGCCUGAGGAGCAGGUUGGCGGCAUGAACUGGACCAGCUCCCAGGGACCCGAAGAAAGGAACGAGUACCUGAAAAAAGUGAAAAGCAUCUUGAACAUUGUUAAAGAAGGGCAAAUAUCUCUCCUGCCACACCUAGCUGCCGACAAUCUAGACAAAAUUCAUGACGAAAGUGGAAACAAUCUCUUACACGUUGCCGCAUCACAGGGACAUGCAGAGUGUCUGCAGCACCUCACUUCUUUGAUGGGAGAAGACUGCCUCAACGAGCGAAAUGUGGAAAAGUUGACUCCAGCAGGCCUGGCCAUCAAGAAUGGUCAGUUGGAGUGUGUACGCUGGAUGGUCAGUGAAACAGAAGCCAUUGCUGAAUUGAGUUGUUCUAAGGAUUUUCCAAGCCUUAUUCAUUACGCAGGUUGUUUUGGUCAGGAGAAGAUUCUGCUGUGGCUUCUUCAGUUCAUGCAAGAGCAGGGCAUCUCGCUGGAUGAAGUGGACCAAGAUGGUAACAGUGCUGUUCAUGUGGCCUCACAGCAUGGCUACCUCGGGUGCAUACAGACCCUGGUUGAGUAUGGAGCAAAUGUCACGAUGCAGAACCACGUGGGGGAGAAGCCCUCCCAGAGCGCCGAGCGCCACGGACACAGCCUGUGCUCCCGGUACCUGGUGGUGGUGGAGACCUGCAUGUCGCUAGCCUCCCAGGUGGUGAAGCUCACCAAGCAGCUGAAGGAACAGACGAUGCAACGUGUCACACUGCAGAACCAGCUCCAACAACUUCUAGAAGCCCAGAAAUCAGAGGGCAAGUCACUCCUUUCUUCACCCAGUUCACCAUCCUCCCCAGCUUGCAGAAAGCCCCAGUGGAAGUCCCCAGACGCAGAGGAUGAGUCUGUAGCCAAAAGCAAACCGGGAGUCCAGGAGGGGAUUCAGGUUCUUGGAAGCCUGUCAGCAUCCAGCCGGGCUAGGGCCAAAGUGAAAGACGAAGAUUCUGAUAAAAUCCUACGUCAGUUAUUAGGAAAAGAUAUUUCAGAGAAUGUCUGCACCCAGGAAAAGCUGUCGUUGGAAUUCCAGGAUGCUCAGACUUCCUCGAGACAUUCCAAAAAGAUCCCGCUGGAGAAGAGGGAACUGAAGUUAGCGCGGCUAAAGCAGCUGAUGCAGCGGUCCCUGAGCGAGUCUGACACGGACUCCAACAACUCUGAGGACCCCAAGGGCACCCCUGUGAGGAAGGUUGACAGGCCCAGACCGCAGCCCAUUGUGGAGAGUGUGGAGGGCGUGGACAGCGCAGAGAGCCUCCACUUGAUGAUCAAGAAACACACCUUGGCAUCAGGACGCAGGUUUCCUUUUAGUAUCAAGGCCUCCAAAUCCCUGGAGGGCCACAGCCCAUCCCCCACCUCAGAGAGCAGCGAGCCGGACUUGGAAUCCCAGUGUCCGGGCUCAGGAAACACACCCCCAAGCCACCCCUCUGGAGAAGCCCCUCAGCCCAGCCCUGAUAGCACAGCCGCCCAGAAAGUGGCCACGAGUCCCAAGAGUGCCCUCAAGUCCCCGUCGUCCAAGCGCCGGACAUCUCAGAACUCAAAACUCAGAGUGACCUUUGAGGAGCCGGUGGUGCAGAUGGAGCAAACUAGCCUUGAACUAAACGGAGAAAAGGAGCGAGAGAAGGGCAGGGCCCUCCAGCGGCCGUCCGCGGGUAGCGAAUCAGGGGAUCAGCUCAAAAGGCCUUUUGGAACCUUCCGAUCCAUCAUGGAGACGCUCAGUGGCAACCAGAACAAUAACAAUAACUAUCAGGCAUCAAACCAGCUGAAGACCUCCACCCUCCCCUUAACCUCCCUUGGGAGGAAGGUGACGGACGGUAAGGGAAACACCGGGAGCUCUGCUAGCAAAGGAAAAAAUAAGGCGGCAUGAUGACAUCAGUAGAAAAAUGAAGAAAUCCUACAGUAUAAAGCAUGUUGCUGAGCCAGAAUCAAAAGAACUCUACUUAUAAAUCACUUUUUUAUUAUCUCUCAUUGCUGCCCUUUGGACACCAAUGGAAAUUUCUGGACUGUCCUCUGUGGAAAUAGAAUCAUGAGAACAAUGCCUCACCAGCAGAAGACCAGACGAUUAGGAUGCCUUAAAUUUAUAGCACUAACGUAUAUAAGACACAUUUUGGGGUGAUAUUUGUAUAUAUAACUUGUUUUUAAAGAGAUGCAGUUUGAAAGCAUGAUUGGGCAAAUGUAUGUUUUUUAAGAUUGAUUCAACCUCCCCACAGGACAUCCACCAGCCACUGACACCAUUUUGUCUCAUCAGUUGCAUGGGUGUUUGCUGAUGCUGGCUAACCUCCCUUUCCCCAUAAUACGGGCAAUUUGGGCUCAGCUUCUCCGGGAGACCAGGUCAGUGCUGUUGUUUUCUGUCGAGUGUUUUUUUCUGUCGUUUUUACUUUUUGUAUAAAGGAAAUAAAACAAUGUUAACAACCA